GCUCAUGCUGUUUAUAUGAUGUGAUCCCUCCCAUGUUCUGUUUGCUCGAGGGGCUUCUGACCAACCACAUCGCAGCACGGGGAACUUGGAGGAGUUUGCCUGCUGUACACUUUGGCUCAGCAUCAGCACAGGGUAUCGCUCCUGUCCCCUCUCUGCAAAUGCUUGCAGUGAGUACGAACAGUGAGUUUGUCACGGCCUGUGUAAGGUGGUCUCUCGCUCUGUUCUGUCGUGGUGCUCUGGUCUGACCGAUGCCUCCCUUGUGAGAAACACAGGACUCCCGUGUGUGAGAAACACCCGGCAACUGCGACACUGACUCAGCCUGCUUGGGAGCUGUUUCACAGAACCACGGUCAGUCAGGGGGACAACUAUUUACACGUGAACACACACAGCUCCGAGUUCGAAGCCAGGUGAUUCGCUUGUGGAGGUGGGGCAGUUGGACGGGACUGGAGCACAAAUGGUGAUAGGUCGCGCCAUUGGCUGACAGCUAAAGGAGGAGUGGAAUGAUUGGCUGUGUUCACCUGAUGUGCUGGGCUGUGCUUGGCUUGGUGUCUGUGUGUACAGCACGGCCAGCACUGACUUUCCCAGAUCAAGGCUCACUGAAACAGAGGCCAGAGGCGGAGACGUACCUGGCCCACCCAGGCCAGACCCUGGAGCUACGCUGUCGCCUGAGGGAAGAUGUGCAGAGCAUUGACUGGAGCAAGGACGGGGUCCAGCUGCCCACCAACAACCGAACCCGCAUCACAGCCGAGUUCCUGCAGAUCACCAGCUCAGUGCGGGAAGAUUCGGGGCUGUACACGUGUGUCACUGAUGGGCCGUCCGGCAGUGAGACUUCACGCUUCGCCGUCAACGUCUCUGAUGCCGUGCUGUCAGUGGAGGAUGACGAUGACGAGGAGGAGGAUGAGGAUGAUGACAUUCACGACGCUGACCACGAUGAAGAGAAUGAUUCUGAGGAAAUGGCCAAAGGAAGAAAGGAAGCACGAGCACCGUACUGGUCACAGCCAGAAAAGAUGGAGAAGCGACUCCACGCGGUGCCCGCGAUGAAGACGGUGAAAUUCCGAUGUCCGGCUGGUGGGAACCCACUGCCAAUGCUGCACUGGCUCAAGAACGGCAAAGACUUCAAGCAAGACCAUCGCAUCGGUGGCUUCAAGAUCCGAUCGCAGCACUGGAGUCUGAUCAUGGAGGGAGUGGUUCCCUCGGACAAGGCCAAUUAUACCUGUGUGGUGACAAACAAGUACGGCAGCAUUAACCAUACCUACCAGCUGGAUGUUGUUGAACGGUCCCCUCACCGGCCAAUCCUCCAGGCUGGCUUACCUGCCAACAAGAGUGUGACAGUGGGCAGUGACGUGGAGUUUGUCUGUAAAGUGUAUAGUGACCCACAGCCCCACAUCCAGUGGCUGAAACACGCUGAGGUGAACGGCAGCAGGCUGGGUCCUGAUGGCUCUCCCUACGUCUCCAUACUGAAGCAUUCGGGGAUUAAUAGCUCAGAUGCGGAAGUGCUGACUCUGUACAAUGUGACUGAAGCUGACAGCGGAGAGUAUAUUUGUAAAGUUUCCAAUUAUAUUGGUGAGGCCAAUCAGUCUGCGUGGCUGGCAGUAAGCAGCCCACAGUUGAAAGUGAUGGAGGAGAAGCCUUCAGCCCUGACCUCUCCUGUUUACCUGGAGAUCAUCAUCUACUGCACUGGAGCAUUCCUCACCUCCUGCAUGGUUGUCGCCGCCGUUAUCAUCCGCAUGAAGAGCUCUGCCAAGAAGGCCGACUUCAAUCGGCAGCUCGCUGUCCAUAAGCUUGCCAAGAGUAUACCCCUUCGCAGACAGGUCUCCAUUGAUUCCAGCUCCUCCAUGAACUCAGGGGUCCUGCUGGUUCGCACUGCACGCCACUCGUCCAGCGGUGCCCCCAUGCUGGCAGGAGUCUCGGAGUAUGAACUGCCGGAGGACCCACGCUGGGAGUUUCCCCGAGACAAGCUGACCCUGGGGAAACCGCUUGGUGAAGGCUGCUUUGGGCAGGUGGUGAUGGGCGAAACCAUUGGCAUCGACAAGGACAAGCCCAACCGGCCAGUCACCGUGGCUGUGAAGAUGUUAAAAGGCGAUGCCACUGAGAAGGAUCUGUCCGACCUGAUCUCUGAGAUGGAGAUGAUGAAGAUGAUCGGCAAACAUAAGAACAUCAUAAACUUGCUUGGGGCUUGCACCCAGGAUGGGCCUCUGUACGUCAUCGUGGAGUUUGCCUCCAAGGGGAACCUGCGAGAGUACCUGCGGGCUCGGCGGCCUCCUGGCAUGGAGUACUGUUACAACCCAACCCACGUACCUGUCGAGCAGCUGUCCUUCAAAGACUUGGUGUCCUGUGGGUACCAGGUAUCCAGGGGCAUGGAAUACCUGGCUUCGAAAAAGUGCAUUCACCGGGACUUAGCUGCAAGAAAUGUUCUGGUGACUGACGAUAACGUGAUGAAGAUUGCAGAUUUUGGACUGGCACGGGAUAUCCACCACAUCGAUUACUACAAGAAGACAACCAAUGGACGGCUGCCUGUCAAGUGGAUGGCCCCAGAAGCUCUGUUUGAUCGGAUAUACACACACCAGAGUGACGUCUGGUCCUUUGGCGUGCUGCUGUGGGAGAUCUUCACACUGGGCGGCUCACCAUACCCUGGCAUUCCUGUCGAGGAGCUCUUCAAGCUGCUGAAGGAGGGACACAGGAUGGACAAGCCAUCAAACUGCACCAACGAGCUAUACAUGACAAUGAGAGACUGCUGGCAUGUUAUGCCCUCCCAAAGACCAACCUUCAAGCAGCUGGUGGAAGAUCUGGACAGGAUUCUGGCAAUGACUUCCAAUCAGGACUACUUAGACCUGUCCGUUUCCUUGGAUCAGUAUUCACCCAGCUUCCCGGAUACAAGAAGCUCCACCUGCUCCUCCGGCGAAGAUUCCGUCUUCUCUCAUGAGCCUCUCCCCGAGGAACCCUGCCUUCCCAAGUAUCCAGGACACACCAACGGAUGCCUGAAGCGGAAACACUGAGCCCAGCCGAACUCCCCGGGCUCACCGUCUCUAACUCGCUGAGUCGAACUUGGUUUCCCUCCCCAGCCGCGUGUCGUGGCCUAUGGAACGUUCUUGUCUUCAGAGGCUUCCACCCCACCCCCCCACCUCCUUCACCGUUGUAAACCAACCUUUGUCAACUUUUCCCUGUUUCAGCAAAGCCGCGAGCCAUUCCCAGAGGCGAUCUCGCUGAGCCAAAGCAUUCUGUUGGUGGGGGGGGAGGUGGCGAGGACAGGCAUCUGUGGAAGCCUUCAGGAGCUGGGCUGUGUGAGGCGUUGCCUGAUCAUUGAGCAAACCCGCUUCAAACCCCUCACUCCCUUUCUCCAGAACCCCCUGGCUCCACAGUCUGUCUCCCUUACCCAGCUCCCCCCUCCCCACCACCAGACCACAGCCCUGGAAGAGGCCAGCUUCAUUCAAACCACUGAACUUGCUGCCUGUAUCGGACAGAGAGUUAGCAUUCCCCCCCAACCACCUCCCCAAAUCCGGGGAAGAAGGCUCUCCACAUGGAGCGGAUCAGUCUGAUGACUUUGAACAAGGAGGGAUCUUCCAUUGACCACAAGUUGCUGUGCGCUUCCUCGCUUGUGGACUACACUCAAGUUGCUGCCAGCUCCUCCCUGUGUCUUACAGCCGGCAUUCUGGUCGGGGACCAACAAGCACAAGCUGGUGCAUGAAAUGUCAUUCGUUUUCCAAUUGGGAACCUAACUGCAACAGGGCGCAGAAAACAGCUCUCCUCACUUUUUGUAAAUAUAGCCAAAUAUGUAUAAAUAUAAAUAUAUUUACAGGAAUUUUUUUCUUUUUGUUUUUGUAAAGAAAAAAGGGGUAAUUUCCAGGAUAUGUACCCGUAGGAAUUUACACAUUGCUCUCACAAUUGUCUCGGCUCUGUUCUUAGCUUGGGCAUUCUGCAGGAUCUCGAUAAAGGGAGGGGUGGGGGUUUGUUCAGAGAUCAGGGCAUUCUGGUGAUGGAAUUGGGAUUCGUCAUGAAUAAAGGAAAUAUAUUGGAGCUGGAUCUGUUAUAUCAAGGGUACAAGGGAUAGCAGAGAGAUGGGCUGAGUGUCAGCCUCUGAAUUAACUAGUUGGGCUGGAUAUCACGGUGGACUGAAUAGCAGCCUGGGAAACAGUGUGCGUUUUUUAAUCUUUGGUUUUUCUUCCCUUUCGGAUUUCCCAUGUGGCAUUUUGUGACCCCAGCUGGGCAAAGGUGGCACUCAGCAACAGCGAUGUUGCCCCUUUGAGAGAGAGGUCUCAUUGCCAACAGUGGGUGCUAUGCUGUAGUCCUUUGUUCAUGAAUCCAGAGAUUGGGAUGUCGGGUUACCCUGUCUCAGUCUCUGGAUCACCGCCCGCUACCUUGGCAGCCCUGGGCCAUGCCAGGUACGUUGGGGUGCAAGUGAUGGAGCUGAGACCAUCAGGCGAUGCUACGCUGGAGAACCAGAUGGCCUGUCAUUUUCCACACUGAGGAGCCCAAAGAGGUGCUGAGGAAACUAACUGAUUCGACUGGGAAUCAAUGCUGAAACGUCACCUUGCAACCCCACCCCGACCAGGAGUUGAGUGCCAGCCAUAAGGAUGUUUGGUGCACCCUGCUCACCCAACCCCAACCAGUUGUACAGGGCAGUCAGUGUGAGCGUGUUGCUGGAGGUGGAUGGAAACGGCGCCAUGACAAUGAAGAUUGGCCCACUUGUGCCGGUGGCUGCCAACAGCAUUGUUUCCCGUUGUGUUGGGCAGCCCCUGGGCAGCAGGAACAAGGCCUGCAGUGUGAAAGCUGGCAGCUGGCCGACUGAGGGUGAAAGAGGGUAGUGCAGCGCUGUUGCUGAGCAGGCCCUGUCAGCUUUGCCAGGCUGGUGUUGGCACACCACUUCGUGCUGGCAGAGACAUGGUUGACCACCUCCUGCUCCCCCUCUUGUCACUGACUGAGAUAAUGCCGGCUGUCGACAGGUUACAAAUGGUCUGUGAACCUGCAGCCUCUCGGGUAAUGUUCUCAGGCGUGGCGUGAGUGAGAUGGUCCAGCGCAUGAGCAGGCCGUGUUGCCUCUGUACUCACUGUUGGAGAAGUUGUUUUAUUAUGCUCAUGCCCCUAUCUAUUGCCAGCGGACCAUCGACAGUUUCUUUUUGCGAGUGACAAUUGAAGCUGUCUCUCCCAGCCUCUCAGAGUAUCAGAAAUGGGGUUUUCUUUUGGCUUUUGUCUUUUGGAUAUAUUUCCUUUUUUGUAACAGUUAUUGUAAGUCUGUGACCUCUCGUUUCCCUCAUCCGUUUCUCCCAGUCCACCCUACCACUUGUUAUAUGUUUGGCUUGACACUGUGACCCCCACCCCCCCCAACCCCAGGGGUCUCUGGAUACACUGAAUCUCUGGAGAAGAAUGUGUUUCAUGGGGGCUCCCCCACCUCGGGGAUUCAGUGUCUUUGAGAAGGUUGAUUUUGUCCGUCUUGAACAUGGGUCUCGUGCAAGCUGCUGUUUUUCCUUUCAGUGACGGCUGCCUAUGCACCAUUUGUAGGCUGUGUUCUCAGUGCAAACCAGUGUGUGCCAGAGGCAGUGAUAAUGAUUUGACCAGCCUCUGAACCAGUCCUCUGGGUGGUCUUUCUCUGCUCCGAGCAAAAAUAUAUCCAAGGGAUCUCACUUCGGGCUGUCCUGAUGACAUGUUGUACUUCAGUCUAAAGUGUGUGCAUGAGUAAACCGGCUAAUACCUAAUUUAUUGUUUUUUUUUAAAUAAAAAAGAGAAUUCUUCUUCCUUUUUUUUAUAAAUGUUUAUGCCAGUUUCAAAGUUGACCUGUAGUUAUUCUGAUAUUUACCGUUUUUUGUGAUUAAAUUCCUCAUAACAUUU